CGCAAAUCCUCUUCCUCUUCUUCUAAACUGCUAAACCCCGCCGACCCACCCUCCGCUUCCCUCCCAACAUUUCUCUGCGUGCAGGCUCCGAUCAAAACGACGGUAGCCUCACGAUACAGAGAGAAUUGAAUUUGUGUCUUAAUUUGGGAAUAAGAUGAGAUUAGAGAAGUGCUGGUUUUGUUCCUCCACCGUAUAUCCAGGGCAUGGUAUUCAAUUUGUUCGCAAUGAUGCCAAAAUUUUCCGUUUCUGUAGAUCCAAAUGCCACAAGAACUUCAAGAUGAAGAGGAAUCCUCGCAAAGUGAAAUGGACCAAGGCCUAUAGGCGUUUGCACGGAAAGGACAUGACACAGGAUUCAACAUUUGAGUUUGAGAGGAAGCGUAACAGGCCAGAGAGAUAUGAUAGAAACAUUGCAGAGAAUACCCUGAAGGCCAUUAAAAAGAUUGCGAAAAUCAGAUCAGACAGGUCUUCUGACCACAUCAAAAACAGGCUUAAGACAGGCAAAAUCCAAAGGCAGAAAGAAGCAAGAAAGCAAUUGGAGCAGGACAUCCACUUGGUCAAAGCCCCGCUUGCACUUGCACAAGACUCAUCUCUUCGCCUUCCAAAAAUCAAAGUCAAUGUCUCCCAAACGCAGACAGAAGAGAAUCAGCAAAUGGAAGAGUGAAUCCGGGUCUGUUCUACCCCCACCUAGUUUUCAUCCAUCUUGUUAUGCUUGCAACUCCUUAUUUAGGUAUCAAGUGUUUUGUGCUGUGUGGAUACGAAUGCUAUCCGAAAUUUUCAAUAGCAUAUCUAAAUAUUAUAGAUUACUCUCUUUCCAUCUAGUUCAAUCAUAGUAACUCAUCAAAAACUAAUUGUUGUAUCCGUGUUUUGCCUAUUACAUUGAUAUCCUGAUCUGGACUUUUGUCUUUUUCCAA